AUGGUGAACACAGUCAAGCUGUACCAGGCCUUGUUGCGAGCGACAAUGAAGCUCGCCGGCUUGAGACCUCGAAAGAUUGAGAUCGAACCCGGAACCAUCAUGAACUUCUGGGCUCCAACCCAAAGUCAAAACAACACCAAGAACGCUGUCGUCUUCCUUCAUGGCUUCGUCGGUGACGGCAUGAUGACAUGGCAUUUGCAGGUCCUCGCGCUCGCGAAGAAGUACGCCGUGUAUGUGCCAGACCUCCUCUUCUUCGGCAGCUCUGCCACAGGUGACAGCCGCCGGACGGUGGACUUCCAGGCGGAGUGCGUGGCGAAGGGCUUGCUGGCACUUGGGUUGCAGCGGUGCACGGUGGUGGGGUUCAGCUAUGGUGGGAUGGUGGCGUUCAAGUUGGCCGAGUUGCAGCCCGAACUGGUGGAGUCGGUGGUGGCAACGUGUUCCAUACCGGCAAUGACCGAGUCGAUGAGCAAGGAGUGCUUGGAAAAAUUGGGGUGUCCGACAUGGUCAGAGCUUUUGUUGCCUAAUUCCGUAAGUGGGGUGAAGAAGGCCGUUGGGAGCCACAGGUUGCCUAGAAUCCCUAAUCGUGUUUUCAAGGACAGUUUAGAGGUCAUAUUUAACAACAAAAAGGAGAAAGCUGAACUGCUGGAGGCUUUCGUCAUUCCAGACAAGGACUUCACUUUGCCGGAGUACUCCCAGUUACGGCUGGGACUCUCCGUGUUCGUUCCACUUAAUUCCUUUGCCAGUUUUGACUUGCUUGAAUCACUUUCGUUUGGCAGAAAAUUGGGAACUAAAGCAACGUUGGAGUGCAUUGAGAAAGCAAGCCAUCUUGCUAUUUGGGAGCGACCCUUCGUCUACAGUAAAUGUUUGAAGAGAAUUCUUGCCUCCAUCUACGACAAGAGGUCGAAUGAGUUUUGCUACGAGUGA